AUGACAGCCGGGACAGUGGUCAUCACUGGGGGCGUCCUGGCCACUGUCAUCCUACUGUGCAUCAUCGCCGUCCUCUGCUACUGCCGGCUCCAGUACUACUGCUGCAAGAGGGACGAGUCGGAGGAGGACGAGGAGGAGCCCGACUUCGCCGUGCACUCCCAGCUGCCCCCGCUGCCCUCCACCCGUAGCCUGGUGCUCACCAACGGGCCCGGGCUCUACCCGGCUGCCUGCAGCUCCGCCGGCCAGCGGUCCCCACAGGCCCGCGCCCUGUGCCGCAGCUGCUCCCACCACGAGCCGCCCUCGUUCCUGCUGCAGGAGCCCGAGGACGACGAGGAGGAGGGCCUGUGCAACGGCGGGCAGCGCAUGGUCUACACUAGCCUCAGCCAGGACGACCUGCAGUUGCCCCCGAGCGGGAGCUUUGGGGGGCUGCAGGCCCUCAACCCCAACCGCCUCUCCACCAUGCGCGAAGCCUUCGCCCGGAGCCGCAGCGUCAGCACUGACGUGUGA